AUGAACUAUUAUUUGCAUGACUAUUGGACUCAUGAGUCAGACCCUCGGACCCGACAAUAUUGGCUGACCUGUGGAGGGCCUCUACCGGUGCUGACAUUCAUGACUCUAUGGCUGCUUUUUGUGACAAAAAUAGGACCCAAACUGAUGGCAAACCGGAAGCCGUUUAGCUUACGAUGGCUUAUGUUUUCCUACAAUAUACUGAUGGCCGGCACUAACGCCUACUUUUUCGUAAUAUUUCUAAAUUGUCUUAUAACAGAGUAUGAGUUCCCAUCACGUGAAGAUACCAGUCCAAACACCAUACAAUACAUCAAUGUUGCAAUGGCCUACGGGUCCACAAAAUUGAUAGACUUAUUGGACACCUGUUACGCAAAAAAGGAGUCUCACCUGACAUUCCUGCACCUCUACCACCACUUCAUGGUACCGGUGUUUUGCUGGAUAUUAGCUAAACUCGUGCCCACCUAUCAACCCAUUAUCCUCUUUGUCGUACUCAACACACCCGUCCACACAAUGAUGUACUCGUAUUACGCGUUGUCGGCGUUGGGACCGACUGUCCACCGGUUCUUGUGGUGGAAA